CCUACCGGCAGUAUUCUCACCGCCUCUUGAAAGAAUAAGUCAACUCCAUCCUUUUAUUUCCGUUUGUAUAUCGUCCGUCGGCCGUUCGGCGAAAUCAUGCCCUUCAAAAGAUUCGUGGAGACAGGCCGAGUGGCCUACAUUGCAGAGGGCCAACAUAAGGGAAAAUUGUGCUCAAUUGUUGAUGUGAUCAACCAGACAAGGGCUCUUAUUGAUGGACCAGAGACUGGAGUACCGCGAGGUCAGAUCAGACUAAACCAGUUGCAUCUGACCAAGUUCCGGAUUCGCUUCCCAUACACAGGUUCUACAAGAGUUGUCAGGAAAGCGUGGAAGGAUGGCAAAAUUGAUGAGAAGUGGAAGGAGAGUGUUUGGUAUCAGAAGGUUGAAGCAAAGAAGAGGAGGGCAGAACUGACAGACUUUGACCGGUUCCGGCUAAGGUAUGCUCGCAGGAUGAGGAACAAAAUCCGUUCCCGUGUCUUCUUCAAGCUGAGGGCUACCAAAGGAGGCAGACCAAAAGGUGACAAGAAGGCAAAAGCCGUGAAGAAAGUAAAGAAAGCAGCACCUCCCAAGAAGAAGUAAAUUUAAAUGUUUUUAUCAUAAUAAAAAAAUUUGUUAAAAUUUG